CACAGACUGAUCAGUGAUGGCUGCAGUUCAGAAGUUGGGCAGAUGCAUAGUAUCAGAAACUGGAAAACAUACGGCAUCCGUUUUCUUCUUACACGGCUCAGGUGACACUGGCGAGGGCCUUCGAGCAUGGGUCCGUGAGCUUUUGAAACAAGACCUUGCUUUUCCACACAUAAGAAUAAUUUACCCUACAGCACCUGCAAGGCCUUAUACACCUAUGAGAGGGUCUCUUUCUAAUGUGUGGUUUGACAGACACAAAAUUUCCUGGAAUUCUCCAGAACACCUUGAAUCCAUUGACUCCAUGUGCAACACACUCAGCGCCCUUAUCGAAGAAGAGGUCAAAGCUGGUAUUCCAAAAAACAGGAUUAUAUUCGGAGGUUUUUCAAUGGGAGGAGCCAUGGCUUUGCAUUUAGCUUGCCGAUUCCACGCUGAUGUAGCCGGGGUAUUUGCUUUGUCCAGCUUCCUCAACAAGGACUCUAUUGUUUACCAGGCAAUACAGCAAAGUGAAACUCCUCUUCCAGAGUUGUUCCAGUGCCAUGGAAAGGCAGAUGAACUUGUCCUGUACCAGUGGGGUGAGGAUACUAACAAUUUGCUGAAAGCCAGAGGAAUGAAGACUUCCUUUCAUGCUUAUUCGGACCUGUACCACGAACUCAGCAGACCACAACUUGAGCAGUUGAAAUCCUGGAUACUACAAAAACUUCCAUUGGAUAAUGAGUAGAUAAUCUGAAAGGCAUUGUUGACCUUUAGUCCAAAUAAUGAAUUCCUUAACCUGCAAUGAUCAAUACUUUCAUAUUUUGUUUGAUAUUGAGGUCCUUAUUUUAUUGUAAUUAUGUUCCUACAUGGAAUAUUAUUACUUUGAAAAUGGUUGUAAAGUUAGUGAAAUGGCUAAUUUAAAAAAUAACAACUCCCUUGUGUGAUGUUAUAAAUGUGGGGUUGUGGAUUUCCAAAUACUGGUGCAUUUCUUCCUUUGACAGAAAUAGGAAGAAAUUUGGGUGAAGAAAACAACCAAACGUCUGUUUUAACUUGUUUUUGAAUAAUAGUGUCUCCGUUCUUCAAAAUGAAGUUGAAUUGUUUUGUAGUGUUCUCACGGGCUAAGUUUUGUAUAAUGUCAUACACUGUAGUAUAAUAAUAUUGUUAAGCAAUGACACUCAAGGGAUAUCAGCAUUACAGUGACCUUUUUAGUUUGUAUUAGCAUAAUGAACCUGACCACAAACAUUGGAUUGUAUUCCAAUUUAUAAAUGUAUGUAGAGAUAAAAUUGUCUUGCAAUAAAUGAAAUUACAGAUUGUUUACCAAGCUAAAUUUCAAGUUUGCUUAAAUAAAACACACUUUCUGGAAUCUA